GACCGGUGCUGGCAGCCCCGCCGGCGCUUUGCGGGGGCUCAGGACACCCCCGGGCACCCAUCGCAGCCCCCCAGGUGCCCACCCCGAAGUUUGAAGGUCGCCGGCAUGGCCAAAACCACCUCGCUGCGCUGCCGGGUGCUGGAGGGGAAGGACCUGCCCGCCAAGGACGUGUCCGGCUCCAGCGAUCCCUACUGCGUGGUCAAAGUGGACAACGAGGUGGUGGCCAGGACAGCCACGGUGUGGAAGAGCCUGAACCCUUUUUGGGGUGAGGAAAUCACGCUGCUUCUGCCCCGGGGAUUCCACAGCCUCACCAUCUACGUGCUGGACGAAGACACCAUCGGGCAGGACGAUGUCAUUGGCAAGGUCUCGCUCAGCCACCAGCAGAUCUCGGCCGAGCCGCGGGGCAUUGACAGCUGGCUCAGCCUGGCACCGGUGAACCCUGACCAGGAGGUGCAGGGUGAGAUCCACCUGGAGCUGCGAGUCCCCGAGCAGGGCCACCCACGGGUGCUGCGCUGCCACCUCAUCCAGGCCAGGGACCUGGCCCCCCGUGACCCCUCGGGCACCUCGGACCCCUUUGGCCGGGUGUCGUGCUGCGGGCACACGUUGGAGACAGCCGUGGUUAAGAGAAGCCGCUUCCCGCACUGGGAUGAGGUGCUGGAGUUCGAGCUGCCGGAAGGGGAGCUGGGAGAGGCUGCGCUGAGCGUGGAGGUUUGGGACUGGGACAUCGUGGGCAAGAAUGACUUCCUGGGCCGGGUGGAGUUCUGCUUGGACACCCUCUGCCCGGGCCCCACCAGGGGCUGGUUCCAGCUCCUGCCCUUCCCCAGCACCACCAAGGACCGUGGGGGACAUCUGGGUGCCCUGAGGCUGGCAGUGAGGCUGCUGGAGGACACGGUCCUGCCCUCCCACCACUACCAGCCCCUCAUCCAGCUCCUCACUGAGCCCAUCCUCUGCCCGGCCCAGUCCCCCGAGGGCACGGCCUUGGCUGUCCUGGAGGAGGUGACCUCAGGGGAGAGCCGGCAGGACGUGGCCACCAAGUUGGUGAAGAUCUUCUUGGGCCAGGGCUUGGCUGUGCCCCUCCUGGACUUCCUCACCACCCGCGAGCUGGCCAGGACCACUGAUCCCAACACCCUCUUCCGCUCCAACUCGCUGGCCUCCAAAUCCAUGGAGCACUUCAUGAAGGUGGUGGGGCUGCCCUACCUGCACGGGGUCCUGAAGCCAGUGGUGAACCGCGUCUUUGAGGAGAAGAAAUACGUGGAGCUGGACCCCGGCAAGAUGGAGCUGAGCCGGGGCAGGAGGAUCUCCUUCAAGGGGUCCCUGUCGGAGGCGCAGGUGCGGGAGAGCAGCCUGGAGCUGCUGAAGGGCUACCUGGGAGACAUCAUCGAUGCCAUUGUGGGCUCGGUGGACGAGUGUCCCCUCCCCAUGAGGGUGGUCUUCAAGCAGCUGCGCAGGCGGGCAGAGGAGCGAUUCCCCUCGGCACAGCACGAGGAGGUCCGGUACUUCUCCAUCAGUGGGUUUCUCUUCCUUCGCUUCUUCGCUCCCGCCGUCCUCACCCCGAAGCUCUUCGGGCUCCGGGAGCAGCACGCGGAGCCCUGCACCGGCCGCACGCUCCUGCUGCUCGCCAAGGCGCUGCAGACCAUCGGGAACCUGGGGCUGCAGCUGGGGCAGGGCAAGGAGCCCUGGAUGGCGCCGCUGAACUCCGUCCUCCUGCCCAGUGUCACCCGUGUCCGGGCCUUCCUGGAUGCCCUGGUCACCGUGGAGAGCCCCGAGGUGGGCGAGGUGCCAGUGCCACAGGGACAUCCCCAGCCCUCGGCCACCAUCAAGGAGGGUCCCCUGCACACCUGCCCAGAGCGGGGGGUGACACUGCUGCCCCGCUUCGCCUUCAAGAAGAGGCACUUCAGGCUCAGCAGCCAGGCCCUGGCCUAUGCCAAGGUCCCCCAGGGGCAGGAGCUCUGCUCCAUCCCAGUGGAGCAGAUUCGGGCAGUGGAGCAGGUGGACAAGGGCACCUUCCAGCACCCCCACGUCCUGCAGGUGGUGGCACAGGAUGACACCGGGCAGCUCCACACCACCUACCUCCAGUGCAAGGUGGGUGACCCCACCCUGCCCAGCACCCCAAAAAGCCCAGGAACCCCCCACCACAAUGCCCUGGGGCCCCCAUCCCCAGCAGCCAGCCAGGGGCACCCCCAGGGGACAAUGGGAAUGAUCCCAAAUCCAGCUGUACCAGGCACCUGCUGUACUGGGAGCGCUGGGAGUGCUGAGGUCGAGGAGCUAACUGGGUAUACUGGGGAAGCUGGGGUGUUCUACCCUGGCUGUACUGGGGUCACUGGGGUACCAGCCCUGUUCACACCAGGGACCCUGGUGUACCCCGGCUCCUGCAGCACCAUCUCCCCUCACUUCCUACCGGGCAGCUGUGCCACCAAACUGUCACUCCUGUCCCCCAGCCUUGGUGCCCAUCCCUUCCUGCUCCCUCCUCCUCCUCCCCGGCACUGGCAGUGCCCAGCCCGGGGUGUCCCGGUCCCUGCUGUCCCUGCAGAGCUCCCCGGAGCUGUGGCAGUGGCUGUGGGCGCUGCGCCAGGCCACCAGCGCCAACAGGGACAUGCUGCCCACUUGCCACCCCGGCACAUUCCGCGCCGGCCGCUGGACCUGCUGCCUGCAGCCCACCCGUGCCGCGCCCGGGUGCAGCCGCACCCACGGCACGGUGGUGCUGGCAGAGUGGAGCGACCUCGGGGAUGCCGCGGUGGCAGCACAGAGCCUCUACGGUCACCUGCGGUGAGCCCGGGGGGUCCCGGGGGGCUUUUGGGUGCCGCUGGGCAGCGUGGGAAGCUGCUGAGGGUCCCUGUCCCACUGUCCCAGUGGCUGGUGGUGCCCACGUGCGGGUCCUGAGGGGUCUUUAGGUGGCGGUGGGCAGGGUGGCAGCGUGUUGAGGGUCCUUGUCCCCAAGGACAGUGGGAGCUGGGGGUCACGGGGUCCUUUGGGUGCUGACAGGCAUGGUGAGAGCCCGCUGAGGGUCCCUGUCCUGCACGGUGAGGGGGACCAGGGGUCCAGAGGGUGGCACAGGCUCCGGGGGACAUUUAGGUGCUGGUGGGCGGCGUGGGAGUGUCCCUGUCCCCCAGGACGGUGGGAGCUGGGGGUCCCUUGGGUGCUGCAGGGCAGGGGGGGAGUGUCCUGAGGGUCCCUGUCGCGCAGGGCAGCGCUGGCCGGGGGUCCCGAGGGCAGCGCGGUGGGCGGACCCCCCUGCCCGGGCCA